CAAAGCAAUAUUCCCAGUGUGAUAUCCAAAGGAUACCAGCAAGAUUCAGAAGAGGCACAUCACCACAGUGUAGGAGGAAGAUCUUAUGCACACAUCUUCUGUAGAAAAUUUGAGAGUUUGGGAUGUUCUGCCUGUCUCAGCCUAAAGUCACGAAAUUCUGCUUUCUUAAGAAAUACCUAUCUGCACAAAUUAGUUGGAGAACUUGAAGCCAAAAUAGUUUUGAAGCCAGUUCAUACAGAUGCUGAUAUUGACAAAAUACAGCUGGAAAUUCAGGCAGGAUCCAAAGCAGCUUCCAAAAUAAUUGAUGUAGCAAGCUCAAGGUCUAAGGAAGAGGAUGAGACAUCUCCAUAUGAGGACGUUCAAGCUAAACUGAAGAAGAUUCUAGGCAUUGAAAAUGUGUUCAAGGUCGCAAAUAAAACACGGCACCAUAAGAAAUGGAUUCACAGAAAAGACAAGACUGCAGCUACAAACCUCUGGGCAGAGCCCAGUGCAGCCUCCCUCUCCAGUUCAUCCUCUUCUUCCACUGCUUCUUCUGCUGAUGGUAAAGAGCCUGGAAAUGAACACAAGAAAGAUGAAAUAAGGCAAUCUGGGAAGAAAAGUGGCAGGAGAAGCAGCAGCAGCAGUGUCAGCUCUGCUAGCAGUAAAAUCUGCAGCAACAGCGAAGAAGACCACUCUGGAGACAGGCACUGCAGUGGGGACAGUGAAUAUUCCAACCAACAGGCAAAUCUACCCGUUUACCAGUUUUGGUUCAAGCCAGCAAAUGAACAGGACCCAGGAAGGGAAGUUCUAAACAACAGCAUCAGCUCCUCCUCUUCUUCAGCUAGUGAUGAAGGCAUCUCUAGAGCCAUGCCUCAGCCUAAAUUCUUGGGAGACAGCAAGCCACCAAUACUGGCUGCAGUCCUUCGUGCCAUCCACAGAAACGAGCAGCCGAUGGGAUUACAGUUUGUACUGUACACUGAUACACAGCCGAUGAGAUCGAGGAUACAGAUGUUUGUUUCAAGCAUCACAGGAUCAAGUAGAUGGAAACUCUGUGCUGAUGCUUCAGUAAUAAAUUCCCAUAAAGUAUCAGGUUCUCUUAAAUGGGGUAAAGAUUGCCAGGACUACCAGAUUGCUACUCAGAUUGCAACAGGGCAAUUUGCUGCUUAUCCAGCUAUGCAGAUGAAGCUGGAGUGGCCAAAAGUACCUUCAAUAGUCCGAGCAACUGCAAGAUGGUUCUACUCAUUUCUUCCAGGAGCCGCAUAUGUGCUUGGGUAUUCCCAAAGGCAACAGUGUGGUCCCUCUCACCAGGCAACCUUGGUUAUGGCUCUGACAUCUCCAAGAACCUGCGAUGUGGUCCUCAAGCUACCUGAGCUCACAAUUUAUGACAGAGCCAUCAGGCUUCCCCUGCCAUUCCCUUCAAGUCCAGGUACACCGAUUUCAACACUACCAUCCCCUGACUGGAAUGUCUUCUCCCAAGCAACACUUUCAAUCAUUGAAAACCUUAAAGCUCCUUGUUCACUUUUCCAAAAUACGAUCACAACCUUCAAUGGAGUUGAAUUUAACUAUUCAAUGCCUGCAAAUUGCUACCAUGUCUUGGUGCAAGAUUGUAGUCCAGAACUGAAAUUCCUGGUGAUGAUGAAAAGACUUGAAAAGUCUGCUGACCUUACAGCAAUGAAUGUCAGACUUGCCAGCCAUGAGGUUGACAUGUAUGUUUCCAAUGGACUCAUCCAGUUGAAGAUUAAUGGUGUUCAAGCCCCAACAGAUGUUCCAUACACAUCUAAUUCUGAUGCAAGCAUACUGAUCAGCAGCGAAAAGGAAGGCCUGUCACUAAAAGCCCCAGAUUAUGGCAUAGAUAAACUAUAUUAUGAUGGGCAUAGACUUGAGAUUCAGGUUGCUUUCUGGAUGGCUGGAAAAACAUGUGGUAUUUGUGGAAAAUAUGAUGCUGAGAAGGAAAGAGAAUAUCAAAUGCCCAGUGGAUAUUUAGCUAAAGAUGCAGUGAGUUUUGCUCAGUCCUGGAUCAUCUCAGAAGACCCCUGUGCUGGAGCUUGCAAGCUGCAGCGCAAAUUUGUCAAAAUUGAGAAGCCAGUUGCAUUUGAGAAGGCGGCGGCAAAAUGCUUCUCCGUGGAGCCCGUUCUACACUGCGUAGAAGGCUGUUCAGCAACCAGGACUGUUCCCGUCUCCGUGGGCUUCCACUGUGUACCAGCCGACUCCACUCUCAACCUGGAAGGACAGAUUAGGCGAGACCAGAAAUCCGAGGACGUCGUGAGCACGGUUUCUGCUCAUACGGCGUGUUCCUGUCAACAACAGUCAUGCCCAGCGUGA